AUUUGAUAUAUCAAUCACUAAAGAAAAAAUAUUUAAAACCAAAACAAAUCAUUAAGUUGGAAAAUGGCAAUCAACGUACCAAGAAGGAAAUUGGGUUCACAGGGUCUAGAGGCCUCAGCUCUUGGUUUAGGCUGCAUGGGCAUGUCCGCUUUGUACGGGGCGCCUAAACCUGAACCCGACAUGAUCAAGCUCAUCCACCACGCCAUUAACGCUGGUGUUACCCUCCUUGACACCUCCGAUAUCUACGGCCCCAAAACCAACGAAAUCCUUAUUGGCAAGGCCUUGAAAGGGGGGAUGAGGGACAAAGUGGAGCUGGCUACCAAAUUUGGGAUCAAACUAGAUGGUUCGUGGCAGGUCCUAGGCGAUCCCGCCUAUGUCAGGGCUGCUUGUGAAGCUAGCCUCAAGCGACUUGAGGUCGAUUGCAUUGAUCUCUAUUAUCAGCAUAGGAUUGAUACUAGUGUGCCCAUCGAAAUCACGAUGGGUGAACUAAAGAAGCUAGUGGAAGAAGGUAAAAUUAAAUAUGUUGGAUUAUCAGAGGCAUCAGCAGCGACCAUCAGAAGAGCCCACGCCGUGCAUCCAGUUACUGCUGUACAACUAGAAUGGUCCUUGCAAUCAAGAGAUGUUGAAGAAGAAAUUAUUCCUACAUGCAGAGAACUUGGGAUAGGGAUUGUUGCAUAUAGUCCUCUAGGACGGGGUUUUUUCUCACAUGGUCCAAAGAUGUUGGAGAAGUUGGAAGAAAGUGACGCCCGUAAGACCUUGCCAAGGUUGCAACCUGAGAAUCUUGAACACAACAAGAUCAUGUACGAGAGGAUUAAUGAACUAGCGACAAAGAAAGGGUGCACAACUUCACAACUGGCAUUGGCUUGGGUUCUCCACCAAGGAAAUGAUGUUGUGCCCAUCCCAGGAACCACCAAAAUUGAAAAUUUUGAACACAACCUCGGAGCAUUAUCUGUUAAGCUAACAGCAGAAGAUAUGGCUGAACUUGAAUCCAUCGCAUCACCUGAUUCAAUCAAGGGUGAUCGGUAUGGUGUUGCUGUUAAAACAUAUAAGGACUCCGACACUCCUCCUUUGUCAUCAUGGAAAGCUUAAUCAACGAUACGACUGUUUUCUUUAUCUGCAAGCUGCUAUACCCAUAAUAUCAUAUUUGUUUUCCUUUAAGAACUAUGUUUUUUUUUUCUAUAAUAAACGUCUACUUUACUAUUGCAUGUAAUUUUGAGAAGAAUAAAUAAAGGCAGUUUUUUUGUUUAGA